UUUUUAAGCAUCACGGCCUGACACACGACUCCCACGCAUUGCGCCUAGCGCCCCUAACACGCACGCACGCGCACACAACCCGCCAGUGCUGCGUCCUAUGGUAAGUAGCAGUGACAGCACGCUCACCCCCUCUGUGCACACGCACACCGCGCCUUCCCAUCACGGCCUGUCACACCCCCGUGCGUCGGCGGCCCGGUUUGAAGAGCGCCUGCGCUACCUCUUCGCCAGUGGGGCGGCAGGGCAGGCGGCGGGGCAGGCGGCGGGGCAAGCGGCGGGGCAGGCGGCGGGGCAGGCGGCGGGGCAAGCGGCGGGGCAGGCGGCGGGGCAGGCGGCGGGGCAGGCGGCGGGGCAAGCGGCGGGGCAGGCGGCGGGGCAGGCGGCGGGGCAGGCGGCGGGGCAAGCGGCGGGGCAGGCGGCGGGGCAGGCGGCGGGGCAGGCAGAGGCGGGGCCCCGGGGCGCGGUGCACGUGCUGUGGCACUACCACUUCUCCGCCUUCCGCCGAAAGCGCUGGGCUGCGUUCAUCCAGCGCGACCGCGCGCUCCACCGCGUCGCCAAGCAGCUCACAGGCGGCAGGCCCAAGGAGGAGGUGGUGGUGGGGUGGGGUUCGUGGGCCUUCCAGGGAGGGAAGGGCGGCUCCCCCAUCUCCGUCAGGGGCGGGCGCGCGCCGACGGGGCGGCUCAUCAAGCUGCUCCGUGAGCGCUACGCCAAGCAUGUGUUCAUCAUCGAUGAAUACAAGACCUCCAAGACCUGCUACAACUGCGGGUGUCAGGAGAUGGCCAUCAAGCGGCUUGGGGGGCUGAAGGAGGGGCAGCGGCCCUGGUCGGUCAAAGUCUGCAACGACUGCUUGACGACCUGGAACCGCGACGUCUCCGCCGCCAACGUGAUCCGUGUGCUCCUCCUGCUGAAGCUGAUGGGCUUCGAGCGGCCGAUCAAGCUGCAGCGGCCGCCAUGGCCGCCGGCGGCGGCGGGGCCGGGCUGAGAGCCUGAACGGCGCUAGCAGGGCGUGGGGCUGAGGGUGCACGUGUCGAUUGGCGGCGAGUGACGUGACUAGUUUGUUAGCUGCGGGUUAGCACGGACUGUGCACCCCACCCAACCGGCCACGUCCGGAUUUGCGGGGAUGCCAAAGGCCCCCAACAUAGAGGCGUGUGCUUAGUAGGCGCCCGCGUCAAGGUGGCUGGGUUGAUAACGACCCGGGAUCAGCCCUUUUCCUGCCAUAAGGCAGCCACCUCCUUGUUUAAGCAUCGAGGGCUCCUGCUAAUGUGCCUGCAGUGUGCGUGAGGUCGAGUAAUCAAAUCCACGGCGUUGGGCCCGGUGGUGGCGGCGGCACGGGCGGCCCUGGGCCCAGCGGCAGUGGCGGCGUGCAUGUUCGGAGCAGAGGGGGCGGGCAAGGCCACAUGGAGGAGGACAGUGCGGCGCCGCCUUCAAAGCGGCGCCGGCGCGCAGGUUGAGACCUGCCGGUGUUGUCUGGUUAGCGACCUGUGCUGACGAGCAUGGCGUAGCGGGCAGUCGGCUGCAGCGGCAGGGGUGUUGAGAGGUCGAGGUUUUCCUUGCUGUCUGGUUGGCCUGCUGCCUGCUGCACUAGUGCUUGAUAGCUGGGCGCGACUGGACACGUUACGGCGGGCCGUGCCUGCACAAAUCGACCCCGGCUAUGUCCGGGAGAUGAGGCUAGUAUCGGAACCUUCGGCCUCAGACGGAGGACGUGGCGUGGGCUCAGCCCACUUUUCCCGUGCGAGGGAAAGCCACCUUUUCUUGUUUAAGCGAGGCGCAGAAUUAAGAGGAAAGUCAUACUGGACUACACCAGGCAAAAGACCACCGCGCAAACUAGGUACCAAGUUCUACUGAACCGGCUGUUGACAACUGUGCUGUGUCUGGCUGCGGUUGGCUCUGCUGUGGCAUCGCGACUGCUAGAUAGGCACCUGGUUUGGCUAUGUGCCUGUGGAAACCGACCCCGGCUAUGUCCGGGCGAUGAGGUUGUUCGGCCUCAAACUGUGGAGCAGGGAUGGGGGCGAUUUAAAAGCCCGCCGCAGGCGGGCGAAAAUUUUUUGGGAUUUUCGCCCGCCUGCUAGCGAAAUUGUUUCGCCGGUGAACCCCAAAACUUUUCGCCAGCACUUUCGCCUGUCCAUUGACCCAGCCAUGGCCGCAUAAAGCCGUCUUCCAGGACCUUCCACGUGUGCAUAGGCCCCCACCAAGUCAUUUCUUGCUUGUGAAGGGCUUACUAGGCCCAGGUUGUUGCUUGAGUCUGGAAGAAUUGCGUGUCGGCGAGUCCAUGUCCACGUCCGGGGCGUCUCUCUGUCAGCCAACCUGGUGUUAGCGUUAUUGUGAUGCCACUAUAGCUAGAAAGAUACAGCUACUGGCAUGAAAUGCCGGACUUCCGGGCGCAAGGUGUCUGGAAUGUUGCUGUCGUUGGCACGGUUUGACCCACAGGCAACCCCAAUAGCCGCGCAAGCCCUACUUCUGCCCUCCUGGAACGGUUUGGUAUCAUUUGGGUAGCCAGGGAGGGCUAAAUCAGGUGUAAAUGAGUGGAAUU